AUGAAGAGUCGCGAAGGUGAUCGAAACGAACCGAUCGCGGUGAAGACUCGUUUGGGAUGGACGGUUUACGGUAACUGCACCGGGAAGGAAGAAAUCGGUAAUCACGUGAACUUCCACGGCGUCCAAAGGUGCGACUGUACACAGGAGUAUGAUGAUGGCCUGCACAGAAUAAUGAAAUCAUACUUUGCGUUGGAUAGCAUGGGAGUUAUCAAACCGAACAAACUUCUCCUCUCUCAGGAAGAUCAGCGUGCCCAUACGUUGUUAGAGUCCCUCACCCGUUCAACAAAUAAGCACUACGAGUGUGGUUUACUCUGGAAAUACGAUCACGUCCGACUUCCGGACAGCGAAGCGAUGGCUUUUAGGCGAUGGAAGUGUCUAGAAACCCGAUUGAGCAAGGAUCAAAUAUUAGCAGACUAUCUUGAGACGAAGAUCCAGGAACACGUCAGUAAGGGCUACGUAAGGAAGUUGACUCCAGAAGAACUACAAGUACGUCAUGCACGAAUCUGGUACCUUCCUAUCUUCGUAGUUGCUAACCCGAACAAACCGGGUAAGUUUCGUCUGGUGUGGGAUGCCGCAGCAACCGCUUUCGGCGUUUCCCUAAAUUCAGUCCUGUUGAAGGGUCCAGACCAGCUGACUUCGCUUCUUUCAGUACUGAUUCGCUUCCGUGAGUUCAAGGUAGCAGUGAGCGGUGAUAUCAAAGAGAUGUUUCACCAAGUUCGAAUGCGAGACGAAGAUCAGCACUGCCAACGUUUCUUUUGGAAAAAUAGCAAUGAGUCUGAGCCGAGCGUGUACGUCGUUCAGGUAAUGACCUUCGGGGCAUGUUGCUCGCCAAGUACUGCGCAACAUGUAAAGAACACCAACGCAAAACGAUUCGAGCAAGAGUACCCAGAAGCAGUGGACGCUAUCAUCAAGCAGCAUUACGUUGAUGACAUGCUCGUAAGCACGGAGGCGGAAGAAGAGGCAGUGAAACUGGCUCAGAAUGUGAAAAAGAUCCACGAGCAAGCAAGAUUUGAAAUACGCAACUGGAUAUCUAACUCUGGUACGGUAAUAGCGACAUUGAAGGAGGUAACGGCGAAGGAGAAAAAUCUUAACAUCGGCGACGAAACUACAACAGAAAAGGUGCUCGGAAUGUGGUGGAACACUUCAACCGAUUGCUUCACAUACAAAGUUUCGUCCCGCUAUGAUCAAGUUCUGCUAUCAGGUUGUCGUCGACCAACGAAACGUGAAGUUCUACGCACACUGAUGAUGAUAUAUGACCCUUUGGGGUUGAUUGCACAUCUAUUAAUGUUCCUGAAGGUUCUUCUUCAGGAAAUUUGGAGAACAUCAGUCGGCUGGGAUGACCAAAUCGAAGACGCACAGUUCGAGAAGUGGCUGACAUGGCUCGCGGUCUUUCCGAAGAUGGGACUGGUGGAAGUUCCACGAUGUUACCGGACAUUGACAACGGUAAGGGCUAAAGCAGAGAUGCACACGUUCGUGGAUGCAAGCGAGAACGGCUUUGCAGCGGUCGUAUAUCUAAGAUUCCAAGAACGGGAUGCUAUCGAAUGCUCAUUAGUAGGAGCAAAAACUAGAGUAGCACCCCUUAAAUUCUUGUCCAUCCCAAAGUCCGAACUUCAAGCAUCUCUACUCGGCGUUCGAUUAGCGGAUACAAUACUGGCCUCUCUUUCUAUCAAGAUCAGCAAGCGAUACUUUUGGACAGAUUCCAAAGAUGUAUUAUGCUGGUUGAGAUCCGACCAUCGCCGAUAUAGCCAGUUUGUAGCAUUCCGCGUCAGUGAAAUCUUGGAGUCGACCGACGUUAAUGAUUGGCGAUGGAUUCCGACGAAACUGAACGUCGCCGAUGAAGGAACAAAGUGGACCCGAGUUCCCGAUUUAUCAACGGCCAGUCGUUGGUUUCGUGGUCCAGAAUUGCUUCGACAAGACGGAGACGCCUGGCCCGAAAUCCCUAAUCUCGGAAAACCGACGACAACAGAGCUUCGUCCGCAUCUACUUCUUCAUGCACCAACGGUGGACCCGGUCGUUAAUCCGCAAAAAUGCUCCAAAUGGGUUCCACUCCUACGUCGCGUAGCAUUCAUAUUCAGAUAUAUCGGUAACUUGCAGCGAUCUUCGAGACGAGAACGAUGUUUUGCUGGACCGCUGACACAGGAAGAACUGACUAAAGCGGAAAACUAUUUGUACCGCCAAGCACAGUCAGAGAAUUACGCCGAUGAGAUCGCAACGUUGACUGAGAGUUACUUCUCGAAAGGAGAGCAAAAAAAGAUAAUCAGAAAUAACCUGCUCUUUCGCGGCGCCUUCCUGGACGAAAACGGUGUUGCUCGCGUCCGGGGUCGAACAAAGGCAUGUUUAUUCAUUGAUCGUGAUGCUGCUGAACCCAUUAUUCUUCCUCGGAAACACCACAUCACCCAACUGAUCAUCGCCGACACACACGAGCGCUUCAACCAUCAAAACCACGAGACAAUCGUCAACGAAGUCUUGCAGCGCUACCGUAUUCCUCGGCUGAAAGCAACGUAUCAUGCAAUCCGGAGAAACUGUCAACGAUGCAAAAAUGAUCGAGCGAAACCACAACCUCCAGCGAUGGCUGACCUUCCGCAGUCACGUUUGGCUGCAUUUAGCCGCCCGUUUACCUACAUGGGGGUGGAUUAUUUCGGUCCAAUACUGGUCCUGGUAGGACGACAUUCGGAAAAACGGUGGGGGGUUCUCGCCACCUGUCUAACUACUCGCGCCAUUCACUUGCAGAUAGCUUACACACUGACUACCGACUCUUGUAUUAUGGCAAUUCGAAAUGUCAUGGCUAGGAGGGGUGUCCCAGCAGUCAUCUACAGCGAUCGGGGAACUAAUUUCCAGUCUACAAGCAAGCUGCUCAAGGCAGCAAUCCAGCAGCUCGAUCACGACAGACUGGCAAGCGAGUUUACAUCAAGCCGCACUCAGUGGGCUUUCAACCCACCGGUUUCACCACAUAUGGGAGGAGCAUGGGAACGGUUGAUACGUAGUGUGAAGUCUAACUUGGCUAAGCUUCAGCCCAGUAGGCUACCCACCGACGAAGUGCUGCAAAAUGCCUUGAUCGAAGUCGAGAACGUCGUGAACUCAAGACCACUGACUAGCAUUCCCAUAGAUGACGAUGAAUCGCCCGUCCUAACACCUAACCAUUUCUUACUAGGAUCAGCAAACGGUUUGAGGUCGUGGGUUCCCUUCGACGACAGCCAUGUGUACAGAAAGAACUGUUGGAUCCAGUCACAGGUCAUGGCAGACAGGUUCUGGAAGCAAUGGGUCCACGACUAUCUGCCUACGAUCACACGAAGAACCAAGUGGUUCACUCCGUCGAAGCCUAUUACGGUCGGUGACGUCGUAAUAAUCGUUGACUCAAAGUUCGAACGAAACUGCUGGCCUAAAGGUAGAGUUAUUGCUACGCAACAGGCUCCCGACGGACAGGUACGGCGGGCCACCGUACAAACAGCAUCUGGUGGAAUCUACGAACGCCCUGCAGUAUCGUUAGCGGUACUCGACGUUGGCGUUAUAGCGAAUACGCUUCCAGAUGAUCCUUCGCGCAUUCUGGGGGGGAGUGUUGACUACGCCCCGUCAACAACUACCGCUUCGUUACCCCCACUAAAUGUUGCGCCACUGCACGCCGCACCCGACCUGAUGAAAGGAUCGGGAGCAACCUGA